UGAUAAUGAAUUUGGUGAAGAUGAAUUUGAUGAAGUUGGUGAUGAUGAAUUUGACGAAGUUAGUGAUAAUGAAUUUGAUAAAGAAAUUAAUACCGAUAAAUUUGACGAGAGAAUUGAGGAUGAAUU